GGGAGGCGAACGCAAAGGAGUUUCUCUUCUUGGGUCUGCCUUCCCACUUUCGGAAGUUCAUUUUGCCCACUCGCGAAAAGCGGUACGGGGGCGCCCACGCGCAGGAGAAGGGGCAAAAAUGGCUAAAAAAAAUGCCAAAAAAGGAGAAGGCGGCACCAAAAAAGGGAUGAAGCGACCCCAAAAAAGGCGCGAAGUGCCCCCCCUGCGCAAUCACCAUUCAGCGGCGCGGCGCAAAAGAUCGCGGGUGAGAAUAACCCAUUUCAGGGGGAGGGGGAAAAAAGCACUAAUGUGUGCAUUCCUCCUUUGUCACCCUCUUUUUAGCUACUCGUUCGUCCCCUUUACCUGCGUUGCAACUGGGAAGGAAGCCAACUGGGGGAGAACAAACCCCAGCGUAGUGCUCUCCUGACGCUUGGCUCGUAGCUGCCUAAGAUUUAACAGACGUGGGGCUGGUCACUCCCCGGAAGGACCCACCUGACCUCACAUGGAGAGCAAAGAAGAGCAACCCAAAAUGGGCAACCCAAAAUGAGCAGAGCAAAAUGAACGUGCGCGUUUGGACCCUUCUUCUGACAUUACGCUGUGCCUACGGGAGGAGCACCGCCUUGAGGGCAGCCCCCGAAGGGAUGGCAGCCUUUUUGAGGGCAGUCCCCCAGAAAAACACCUCCCCGAGGAACGCUCGAGUGUACAACAACCUAGAAAAAGUCAACACGCAUAUAAAAGACCUGGACAUUUUGAACAAGUGGAAGGAAAACUACCACCUCCGAAUCGUCCUGAACUCCUAUUUUUCGGACCACCUGCAGAAGGCGGUCCUAAAUGUGAAGGAGAAAGUGAGUCAGUACCCCCAGUUUAUCAUCGCCGGCCCGAUUCCCCAGAAGACCAUAAAGAAGAGAUUCACCUUCUUGAGAUCCCCCCACGUGGACAAGGACAGCAGGGAGCAAUUUGAAAUAAGGCAGUACGGCUGCAAGCUCGACAUCUUUUUGAACUCCUCCGUCAGCUUGAGGGGCAGCGAGUUCACCAACUUCCUAUCGGUGAAGCUCCCCCGGUUCGUGGGCUUCGAAUACUACUUUGAAGAAAAUUACAAAGGACUCAAAAAGGGGGAAGUCCAAAAUUUAAAAAAAAAAAAAAAAUACGUCAGCAAGUACUAUACAAAUUUGUUAAACGGAAAGGAGAAAAAAAAAAUUGUGGAGUUGUUGCUCGAAAAUGCAAAGUACAUGAAUGUGAGGCUGCCCAGGAAUGUCUACGACUUGUAUAAGUUUCCCCUGCAUAUUCUGCAGCAUUAUUAUAAAAAAACCAUGGAGAAGAAGAAGUGGUACCACGAAAAUGAAGACUUGAUGAAGAAGAUCGAGUCCCUUUCAUUUGACUAG